ACAGGUUCUAAGAUGUCCAACCGAGUGGUCUGCCGGGAAGCCAGUCACGCCAGGAGCUGGUACACAGCCUCAGGUCCUCAAUUGAAUGCACAAUUAGAAGGUUGGCUUUCACAAGUACAGUCCACAAAAAGACCUGCUAGAGCCAUUAUUGCCCCCCAUGCAGGAUAUACUUACUGUGGGUCUUGUGCUGCUCAUGCUUACAAACAAGUGGAUCCAUCUAUUACCCAGAGAAUAUUCAUUCUUGGGCCUUCUCAUCAUGUGCCCCUAUCUCGAUGUGCACUUUCCAGUGUGAAUAUAUAUAGAACACCUUUGUAUGAUCUUCGUAUUGAUCAAAAGAUUUAUGGAGAGCUGUGGAAGACAGGAAUGUUUGAGCGCAUGUCUCUGCAAACAGAUGAAGACGAACACAGUAUUAAAAUGCAUUUGCCUUAUACUGCUAAAGCCAUGGAAAGCCAUAAGGAUGAGUUUACCAUUAUUCCUGUAUUGGUUGGAGCUCUGAGUGAGUCAAAAGAACAGGAAUUCGGAAAACUCUUCAGUAAAUAUCUAGCGGAUCCUAGUAAUCUCUUUGUGGUUUCUUCUGAUUUCUGCCAUUGGGGUCAAAGGUUCCGUUACAGUUACUAUGAUGAGUCCCAGGGGGAGAUUUAUAGAUCCAUUGAACAUCUAGAUAAAAUGGGCAUGAGCAUUAUAGAACAACUAGACCCUGUAUCUUUUAGCAAUUACUUGAAGAAGUAUCAUAAUACAAUAUGUGGAAGACAUCCCAUUGGGGUGUUACUAAAUGCUAUCACAGAGCUCCAGAAGAAUGGAAUGAAUAUGAGCUUUUCAUUUUUGAAUUAUGCCCAGUCAAGCCAGUGUAGAAACUGGCAAGACAGUUCAGUGAGUUAUGCAGCUGGAGCACUAACAGUCCACUGAAGCUCUGAAUA